AUGUUAGGUAGAUCUUUGUAUAACAGACUGACCUUGAGAUACUACUCGCAAAAGACUGGUGGUGCCAACAAUGUGAAAGUUUUCGACAGACAUGUCAAAUGGUUACAGAAAGAGAGAGCUGCUCAUAACCCAAACUCCAAAUUUGCAGAGUACCUACGUGAUGAAAUAAAUCGCCGUACUAUUGAUAGACUAGCUUUUUUGAAGACAGACUUCACCAAUGUCCUCGAUUUCGGUGCCCAUGCUGGCAAUUUUGAGAAACUACUAUGCGAUCCAUCGAGGGACACUCAAAACUCGCAAUGGAAGGCGGAUAGAGAGCUUAUCAAGUCAAAGAUAGGAAAAAUUGUCAUGGUGGAAUCCUCUAAAUCGUUACUGUAUAAAGAUUUGACUUCAGCGUUCAAUAAUGAACUUAAUAUUGAUAGAAUCGUCGCUGACGAAGAGAAUUUUGAUGUUCCUGAACUUUCUGAACCUAACCAAUAUGACCUAAUUAUUUCCAACUUGUCAAUGCACUGGAUCAAUGAUUUACCGGAAGUAUACAAAAAGCUACACAAUUGUCUUAAACCAGAUGCAUGCUUCAUUGGCUCGAUGUUUGGUGGUGAUACUCUUUUCGAGCUAAGAACAAGUCUACAGCUAGCAGAGAUCGAGCGUUAUGGUGGUCUAUCUCCUAGGAUUUCUCCCUUUGUGGAAUCAUCAGAUGUAGGUAACUUGAUGCAAAAGGCAGGCUUCCAAAUGCUUACUGUUGAUGCUGAAGAAUUGAUAGUAGAUUACCCAAAUGUCAUGGCAUUGAUGGAGGAUCUACAAUUGAUGGGUGAGAACAAUUCAGUCCUAAUGACUCCCCCUCCUCUUACUAAAGACUUAUUGAUGGCUGUCGAGCCUAUUUACAGAGAAAUGCAUGGUGACAAAAAAACUGGUCACUUGCCAGCAACAUUCAGGUUUGUGUAUAUGAUUGGUUGGAAACAAGGUAAGUAUUUGGCUAAACCUGCACAGAGAGGAAGCGCAAACGUUAGUUUGAAGGAUGCUUUAGACGGUAAGACUAUUACAACCACUACUACAUUAACCGAAGAUGAGGAACCUACGACGACGAAGAAAUAA